AAUGUCCAGAACGGCGUCACCGAAGCUGGCUGGAACUAGCUCGGGAACUCCACCUACAAUUAGGCGUAAAAGGACACCCAGAGGUUUUUCAAGGUAUGGUAAAUCAACUUCAGAACAUAUCAUUCCCAUCGCUCAAAUUGGAUACGAAAAUUGUCGGCAUCUCGUUCCUCAGCGAUUUCCUAUUCGUUUAGAGCGUCCCACAACAGCUAGGUUGAUUGAUUUGAAUCGGUCGACUGUGUCAGGAGUCCGAAACAUGUCAUCUACGCUAAGGAAAUUGGAUAUAAGUUGUUUAGCAUUAAGAAGUGUGCCUGACGAGAUGAUAAGUACUCUCUACUAUUUGGAAAGACUUGAUAUGAGCUAUAAUCUCUUGGAAGAUGAAGGAAUACCUGAAAAAUUAAGGGAGCUAGAUGAUCUUAUAGAUUUUGAUGUCAGCCAUAAUCGUUUAACCCAACUGCCAAAGGUGCUAUUAAAAUUGAAAAAGAUUUCGAGAUUGAAAGUAGGCCACAAUCAAUUAAAAACUAUUAACGGUAUAGAGAAACUUAGAAGACUUGUCCAAUUAGUAUUAGAGCAUAAUCAAAUUGAUAGUAUUCCAAAAGACAUUUACGGUCUAAAAAGACUAGAAUAUUUGCAUUUGGCAACGAAUAGUAUCAGGAAUAUUGACUCUGAUGUAAAAAAUUUAAAACAUACCAAGAUUAUUGAUAUAUCUAAUAAUAAAUUAGCGCAUAUUCCUUCUGAAUUAUUUCUUCUUCCGCAACUGGAGUUGCUCAAUUUAAGUCACAAUAAAAUAUCCAAAAUGCCACAGUUAACUGUCAGAGGAAAGCCGAAAAGAUUGAUUGAAAACGUCGAUUUAUCAGCAAAUGAGCUAAAACAAUUUCCCGAAUUUUUACUGCAGAUUGUUAGAGUGAUAGAUCUAAGUGCAAAUCAAAUUAGAGUUGUUCCUCAAACAGCUUUAAAGAGACUUGAUUUGCAGUCGGGACAACAAUUAAAUAUCAAAAAUAAUCCUAUGUCAAAUCCCCCUCCCGAAAUUGCAGACGAUGGCGUCAAAGGUUUAGUUCAAUUCUUUACUGAGCGACGGAGUGAAAUGACAGUCUUUCGAGGUUUAAAAAUUCUCCUUAUUGGACCCAAAAAUAGUGGAAAAACUAGUCUUAUUCAAUCUAUGAUCGAUCAAACAUCACGACUAACAGAAAAAGGAGAGAGCACUGUAGGUGUGACAACUCAUAAUUUCUCUAUUCCUCAUGAUCCGAAAGAUACCGAUCCAAUGGCAAAAUGCUUACCGGUUGCGUUAUGGGAUUUUUCAGGAAAUACGCAUUAUCUUUAUACUCACAAUUACUUCCUGCAUGAACCUUCCCUAAUUAUGUUAACGUUCAAUAUAAAAAAGUAUAAUGAAGAAUACUUCCAAAAAGAGAUGACUCCAUGGCUGGAUUGGGUAAUAUGCCGCAUAAAUAAACUCCAUAUUUUGGCGGUUGGAACUCAUUGUGAUCAGAUAGACAGAUCUAGAUCAAAAGAAAUUUGUCAAAAAGUAAGCGAAAGACUUAGAAAAUAUGCAAUGGAUCACUUAGUGAGCAUAGAGAGAGACGUUAGAAGAAUAGAAGAUAGAAGGUAUAUUCCCCAAGCUCUUCGAGCCCAGCUACAAAAAUACAUUGAACUGUUAGAAUUUCCUUAUUCCACCGAUACUGCUGUAGCCUUCAGUUCAGCAAAUUUGUUUGGAAUGGAAGACUUACAAAGAGCAAUAAUUAAGAAAGCAUCAAAUAAAGAAUGUUACCCUUUAGUUACAAAAACAAUACCUACUUUAUGGGUCGACGUCGAAUAUUAUAUUGAGGAAAAAGGCGAUGACAUGCAACUUCCUCUAGUAAGAUUCGAUGAUUAUAAAGCAGAGAUUAUAAACAAGUUUGGUAUGCAACACUUAAUUAUUGACAUUACUCGAUAUCUACACGACAUAGGAAAAGUAAUUUGGUACUCGGAGCACCCUUUUCUUAGUAAGUGGAUAAUAUUAAGACCAUCUUGGUUAUGUGAAGUCUUGAAUGCCUUAUUUAAACAUGACUUUGAAAAGGUUGACUUUCAUUCUGAUGAAGUUUUCAAACAGGUGGGAAUUGCCGAAACAAGAUUCUUAAAAAUAAAGCAAGACAGAUUAAGAAAAGGGACAAUAACAAGAGACCUACUGAGAGCCCUAUGGGCAAAUUCUGUUCCUACAGAAAUAAAUAGGCCAAUGUUUCGAGUAUUAUUUAUACUCCUCGAGUAUUUUCAUAUUGGUUUCCCGGUUCAAAAGCCGACAGAUCGACAAGAGCUUCUUUCAGCUACGAAGAAAGAAACAGAAUCGUCAGAAGGGGGUAAAACUGGUCGAAGUUCGGCUUCAAAGCGGCAACGUCCAACUUCGGCAACCUCUUCCAAAUCAACCAGAUCUCAAAGAACUAUUGGCGAAGGAGAUGACUGGGAGAAAAUUGACACCCUCCAUAAAAUAACAAGAUUUUGUAUACCUUGGCUAAUAGAAGAAAGUCAAACACCACCCGAAUUUAAGAAGGAUUACGAAUCCACUAAAGGAAAUCCUUCUGUUGCUAUAGUAUUCCGCUUUUCAAACUAUACGCCACCUGGUAUUUUCGAAAACUUUGUCGUGAGCGCGAAUGAUACAAAACAUAGCUUGGUUCCAAUUCAUAUAUGGCGAGGAGGUUUAUAUUGUAAGAGUUUAGAAAAACCAGUAAAACUGUACAUGAAGAAUAUGAAACACGAAGAUGGAAGCAGCUGUAUGCGCUUUGAAGUCGUUCAUGAUAUAAAUUCGGAGUUGGACGAGACAACAGAGGAUAUUUGGAAUGUUCUUCUACCUAUAUUAUACGAUGCAGAGGGAGCGCUAUCCAACUAUAAAGGAUGUCGAUACGAGAGGUAUACAGAAUGUCCAAAGUGCCAUAAGCUCUCGUUCCUUGGUGAAUGGAGUAAUCCUAAAGAACUUCAAGACUUAUCUACUAAGCAAUGUGAUGCUUGUAAAGCUCAUAUUCUUACUCAAUACAUUGUUCAGCCGAAAGAGAGAAAUUUAGUCGAAGAAAUGCUCAUGCAGAAGUUAAUGGAAAACGGAGAGGAUGAUGAAGGAAACUCUGAAGUACAAGAACCAUCAGAUAGUGAGGAUGACAAUGAAAACAUAAAAACAAGAUAA